CAGGAAGUAGGGAAUUCGUUCUGCACGCAUAGAAGCAGCUAAAAACAACGCUACGGUGCAGGUCUUUCAGUGUAGUUAUUUCUUGUCACGCUUCAGCCUUGGAAAAUAUUUGUUUUUUAAAUUCGAUUCAAGCAUUUAGCUAAUGAUGAUAAUCUUGUUAUUGAUAGAGUUGCUUACAUAUCAAUGUUGGUUGGUUGCAUUUAUUCACAAAUUGCAAUGCCUUUCAUGUAUGCCGUUAGCUGUAUUACUUUGCUCGUGCGUCAUGCAAACGAAUUGUAAAAUAUACAAUACUGUAGUUUUGUUACUGUUUCUAGUGUAAUAUGCUUUGUUAUUCUAUAUAGAUGAUUGUACAUUAUUAGAGUAAUGAAAGGAGUUAGCCAAUUACCAUAUGAGUAACAAUUAGCUAUAUGGUUUGGCAUCAGGCCAGAUGCAUGGUGCCUUAGCACGUGCUUUGUAUUUAUGCAACUUCAAUUGUAUAAUGUACAGCUACAGUAUGUCGGUGUGAAUUGAAUACUAAAGUAUAUUAUUUUCUGUAUUUUGCAGUUUUACAACAUAAACGUUUACAAUAUAUUCAUUCAAGAAAAGUCACGCCUUGGGAGAUUUAUUGAAGACUUAGUUGUUAGCUAUCUGUCUAGUUUUGCAUGGGAAAGCAACUCAAGGGCAGAAUAAUCACACAAAAAAACAUGUGGGCAUUGAUCAGUAGUAAUUACAUUUUUAUUAAAUUAAGGCUACAAUGUUAAUUCCUAUAAACUAUUUGGUUAAUCAAAAAUAUACUUAAAAAAUGAAACUGGUAGUUUAUUUGAAAGUGACCAAAGAGAUUUUGGAUAAAUCCGAUGCAUUAUUACAUCAUGUGCAUUGGUACCAUAAAGAUAGUGACUGUUACAUCACUAUUACAUCAUAGAAACGGUUCGUCAGUGUGGCAUUAUUAUAACAGAGUGAUGGUUAUCAAUAACUUGAUCAUUUUUUCCUGAGGGUAAGAGAAACGUAUCCACUGAAAACCUUUUCAAAUAGAAAUAGAAGCUAUUGCAGCUGCAACAAUGUCAUGAUCUGUACACUAGUCAUGUUAAAGAAGAUUAUUGGCUUGGUGGCCAUUUGGUCACCAUGUUGUAUGACUUCAACACCACAGAUUACGUUUCACUUACCCCUGUGUUUUUCAGAUGUGAAAAGGAUCAUGUGGUCUAAAUGUGUGAAACCUGAGCUUCCCUGGCACAGUAAGGCUGCCAGCAGUGUGAGAAGGUCUUUUAGGAAGACGUCACCAGUCAAGACCGCCGUGCACACUGAACAGGAGCCACACAUCAAAGCCACCCAGAAUGAGGGAAAACCCAGCCAGUCACAGGCCAAACACCAUGAGACACCCGUAUGGGCCCAGAGAACCAAGGAGCAAAUUAAAAGUGCAUUGGAAUCCCCAGCCAAUAAGGAGCCAACCUUAACAACUGCACCACAAACACCUGACUUUGGCAACAAGGCAGGAUGGUUUAAUGUACUUGAGAACCAACCCAGGCCAAAGUCAGCCCGGCAGAGUGUGAGGGUCCAACAGAUGACACCAGAUGACGACAGUCUAUUUUCUUUUCUUGAGAAUCAACACGCUCAGCAAGUUGAAACAAUUGAUGAUAUUGUGACCUGCUUAAUAGGCGAAAUCUAUUACGAUGAGACAGGUACCAAACUAGACACCGCCAUUCCUGGCCUGAGUGAAACAGCUUUGGACCUCAUUGAUAAUGUGGUUGAUGAGCUAAAGAACACCCCAAGUGACCUGUUUGGUUUACAUACCGACGAGUCUCUGGUCCUCCCAUCUAGUUAUAAACAUCAGGUGGCCAAGAGUGUUCACAAAGAAUUGCUUUCCUGCACUGGUUCCCAAGAAAGCUUGUGGAAGGCUGUAUCCUCGGGACACAUGGUGAAAGAGAUUUCCAGCUCAAUCUCUCUGGAGGUGUCCAAAGUAACCAGCAGGAUUGGGGCUGUCUAUCACACUAGUGUCGAUCACACUGAUAGUCCAAUCUCACCCGGCCCCAGAACGGACACCAAUGCUUCCUCGGUGUCCUGUGCAGCCUCCGACAUCUCUGAAGAUCUUGUCCUCAGAAUCCUAGACUUCAUAUCAUACUGUCGGUCACCAGACAGCACCUGGAAUGGGCCACAGAGCCGAUGCUCCACUGACAUGACCGGAGAUCUCAUGGAUGCAGUCAUGGUGGAGCUCUUCACUAACACAGCUAUGCUGACGAUUCCAGUAGGUGAGCACCAGCAAAAAUGGUGCAAACCCUCCCUUACAGAUCUGGAGAAAGCUGCCAGAUUAGUGUAUAAGAAGAUGGUAAAGGAAACUGGCUCAGCUGAGGCUUUGCAAGACGCUCUCAAGCUCAGAAGGAAGCUUGUAGUCACAGCAUUGACUGAUAUAGUGGCAAAGCAAGUGUACAAGCUCUUCUCAGAACAGGAGUCAGACUCCACAUAUCUCCCAGACCAAACCAGCCACAAAGAUGACUGCCCUGUUACAAGCCACAGUAACAGACGACUCACACCUGAGCUUGCUGCUCCUCAAUCUGCCAGUGAGUGCAUAGUGAACUGCAAGGCUGUGUGGGAGAUCAUCUCCAGACUGCUGCAGGAGAUUUGUCCUAACGUGCCCAUGGAAGAGAAGCCCCACCUUUAUGCUCAGGAUCUUCUUCAUAGUGCUAUAAAUAAGCUGUCUGAGUCUCCAGGGGUAACCGUUUGUGCUGAUGAGACUAUCUGUGACAUCUGCCGCCAUCCACAGGCCAUUGAGUUAAUCUGCGGUCGUGUUCUGGAGUGCCUGCAAUUUCAGAUUAACCUCAUGGGCUACAAUUUAAACUCUGCCCUGGAUGCACAAGAUGAGGCUCUCAGCUACUUCAUUGUUGCUCAUCUUGUGCAAGAGACCCUGCUGUUGAUCUCAAAUCAGACCAAUGGCAGCUCCCCUGAAGUAGACUCAGGUUCCCACCGUCAACCUGAGAGUCAAACACAACCAUGUGUAGUGAGCAGCAAAGUAAAUUAUGAAGAAUGGCCCACUUGUCAGUCAAACAUCACUAUACCAAAGGGCCCUUCCACCAUUUCUGCAAGCAAGGGCUUGUCACCUAGGGCUUGCCUUUCCACUGUUUCUGCAACCAAGGGCCUAACACAGAUGCCAGGUCAAACGCCACCAUAUGCAGUGAGCAGCAAAGUCAAUUAUGAAGAAUGGCCCACUUGUCAGUCAAACAUCACUAUACCAAAGGGCCUUUCCACCAUUUCUGCAAGCAAGGGCUUGUCACCUAGGGCUUGCCUUUCCACUGUUUCUGCAACCAAGUGCCUACCACAGAUGCCAGGUCAAACGCCACCAUAUGCAGUGAGCAGCAAAGUCAAUUAUGAAGAAUGGCCCAUGUGUCAGUCAAACAUCACUGUAUCAAAGGGCCUUUCCACCAUUUCUGCAACCAAGGGCUUGUCACCUAGGGCUUGCCUUUCCACUGUGUUUGCUACCAAGGGCCUACUACAGAUGCCAGGUCAAACAUACACUGGCAGAAGAAGGCACACAGUCCUGAGUGUGAAAAUAAAAAAGCACUCUCACAGAGGAAUUCAUAUCACACCGUCAGAAAGGAUCAUUCGGUUGAAGAAAAUGCAGAGAGAGUCAUCUUCUGAGGUCUCAUCAGUGGAGAUGUUUUCUGAAAGCCAUGGACACAGAAGAGGGUGUUUUGGAUGGCUCCUCUCUAAGCUGAUGUGCACUGAAGACAUCCACUGGUUCGAGUAAUGUUUGAGUGUAACCAAACAUUCAAACCUAAGCUGAAUGACAAAUACAAGUUGAAGGGUGGAGGAAUGUAAAUAAAUCAAAGCAAGUCUACUUUGACCUAUUAUUGUGAUUCAGUAACAGGUGAUUUCACCGUGGUUUUAGUAAGUCAUAGAAUUCCCAUUAUAUGUAUAGUCAUUUCGGCGGCCGACCUUCCACAGCUAGCUAAGUAUAUGACGCAAAGAUUAUUUGUUGGUUUGAAUGAUGCCUGAUCAACAGCAUGGCCUAUUAUGAACACAGUGCCAGAAACAUUCCAUAAAAAAAAUAUACAAUGCCUUUCAGAAAGUAUUCUCACUAGGACAAUAACCUAAAAUGCACGGCCAAAUCUACACCGGAGUUGCUUGCCAAGAAGACACUGAAUGUUCACGAGUGGCAGAGUUACAGUUUAUACUUAAAUCUGCUUGAAAAUCUAUGGCAAGACCUUGACAUGGUUAUCUAGCAAUGAUCAACAACCAAUUUGACAGAGCUUGAAGAAUAAAAAAAAAAAAGAAUGAAGAAAUGUUGCGCAAUCCAGGUGUGGAAAGCUCUAAGAGACUUACCCAGAAAGACUCACAGCUGUAAUCGCUGCCAAAGGUGCUUCUACAAAUAUGUACGUAUGCAAAUGAGAUAUUUCUGUACUUAAUUUUCACAACAUUUGCAAAAAAAAAUUGAAACAUGUUUUCACUUUGUCAUUAUGGGGUAUUGUGUGUAGAAAAAAAACUAUUCAAUCAAUUUAGAAUUCAGGUUGUAACACAACAAAAUGUGAAAUAAGUCAAGGGGUAUGAAUACUUUUGGAAGGCACUGUAUAUUUUGAAAUGCUAUAAAAGGAAGAACAAUUAGUGUGACAGCAAAAAUUAUAAUUUUUUAUUUGGGGGAUGGGGGAAGGUCUGUUAGAAGUUAGUAGAGCUCUUUAAUUUUCUUAGUAGAGUUAUAUGGUGCGGUGGCGUAUUGCUGCCACUCAAAUUUGUUUUAUGUCAUGUCACAAGUAGAGAUGAAACGGUAUGAAAAUUUCAUAUCACGAUUAUAGUGACCAAAAUUAUCACGGUUAUCAGUAUUAUCACAGUAUUGUUAAAAUGUGCUGGAAAUGUUAAAAAAGUACUGAUACACAUUCUGAAAUAAUUUCACCAAGUUUUAUAUUUAAAACCAACAAACAACAAAUAAAAUUAGCAGCACUAUGCACUUUUUGCAUUGUGCAUAAACACUAAACUAAUAAACAUUAACAUUAAAGAUGGCACCAUGUGGCCAUGAGAGGUAAAAGUUUCCCUAGUGCAGGUUUUAAUGAACACAACCUUAAGUAAGCAAAUCAAAUGUGCAUAUAAAAGCAACAGAAGUAAAGCAAUGUGCAUGUAAGAACAAUACAACCAUAUGUAAACAAAUCCAAUGUGCAUGUAAGAACAAUACAACCAUAUGUAAACAAAUCCAAUGUGCAUGUAAGAACAAUACAACCAUAUGUAAACAAAUCCAAUGUGCAUGUAAGAACAAUACAACCAUAUGUAAACAAAUCCAAUGUGCAUGUAAGAACAAUACAACCAUAUGUAAACAAAUCCAAUGUGCAUGUAAGAACAAUACAACCAUAUGUAAACACAGCCAAUGUGCAUGUAAGAACAAUACAACCAUAUGUAAACAAAUCCAAUGUGCAUGUAAGAACAAUACAACCAUAUGUAAACACAGCCAAUGUGCAUGUAAGAACAAUACAACCAUAUGUAAACAAAUCCAAUGUGUAUGUAAGAACAAUACAACCAUAUGUAAACAAAUCCAAUGUGUAUGUAAGAACAAUACAACCAUAUGUAAACACAGCCAAUGUGCAACAGUAUAACUUUAGACCGUCCCCUCGCCCCGACCGCGAACCAGGGACCCUCUGCACACAUCAACAACAGUCACCCACGAAACAUCGUUACCCAUCGCUCCACAAAGGCCACGGCCCUUGCAGAGCAAGGGGCAACACUACAUCUAGGUUUCAGAGCAAGUGACGUAACUGAUUGAAACGCUACUAGGGCGUACCCGCUAACUAGCUAGCCAUUUCACAUCCGUUACAUAAGAACAAUACAACCAUAUGUAGACAAAUCCAAUGUGCAUGUAAGAACAAUACAACCAUAUGUAAACACAUCCAAUGUGUAGGUGUUGACGUUAAAAUAACAACACAAAAUAGGUAAACAAAUGAAAUGAACAGCACUGGUUGUAUGUCCGUUCUCUCCUUCAUACAGAAAUAAGGUGCUGCUGGCCUAACAUCCUGUAUGUAUGCAUCUUUGUUCACUUGAGAUUGAAAUGUAAAAAUGUCAGCAUAUUUACUUUGUCUGGUUUAAGCAGUGACCUGCAAGAGGAGACAAUGUGCCCGCUGGCACUGAACACUCUCUCUGAUGGCACGCUGGUUGCUGGGAUGCACAAAAGCUUACUGGCAACCCUGGCAAGGUGAGAAAGCUCUGAUGCAUGGCCCCUCGUUGUUUCAUUCUAAUUAUUAUUACACACACACAGUCUAUCUUCUGUGUUGCAUUUGAGUAAUUGCAAUGAGCCCAACAAUUGACAUAAAUACAAGAGUCUUGUAUAGGAGUCUACAAUGUUUCUCCAGUUGGAACACUUUAACAACCAAGUCCACGACUGCCGAAUUUUAAAUAAACAAAAUAUGUUGGUUGAGUGACUAAACUACAUAACGUGUUAUCGUGUGCAAUGGGCGGAUAGAGCCUGCAGACACACGACGUGUAACAGGUGUAAAAUAUACUUUCUAUUUAACCGAAAAUCCCUAAUUUAUUUUAAUUUAUUAUUUAAAAGUUAUUUUGAGAUCUAUUACACUACUUUCAAGAGUGAAUUAAUUUAUUGUAUUUAUUUUCUAAUUUGUGUUAAUGCUGUGAUGUCAUCAACGGGAGCCAUGAUUUUACUCCUCAAUUUGCUCAGAGCGUGAUGAGGAGAAUUAUGUGUUAUGUAUGCUCCGGUCUUUUGAAUGCCUAUGUUCGCAAAUAUUCACAAAUGCUCAAGAAAAGACAAGCAAACGUUAUAUUGUCACUGAUUUAGUGUUGCAUUACUGUUUAUAGUAAUAUAUAUUUAGGUGAAUGGGAAUAAUGUUCGAGUGCAACUUUGCAUGGCUCACCCAGCUACCGUUAGCUUUGUUGCGGGAGUGGGUCUCUUCCAGGUGCCGGCAGCAUGAGUUUUCUGAUGAUUUUCUUACAGGUAUUCUGCACUAUCUUUUGUCUUUUAUUAGGCAACUAUACUUGUAUAGGAGUCCAGGCGGCAGCAUUAACUUUUGCCUUGUAUUUGUACCCAUUCCAUGCAGGUAUGUUGUGAAAUGUGACGAUUUUGUAUUUCAUGUUUAAUGUGCCUAGUUAGCUGUCGUUAAAAGAUGGUGUUGCUUCAUUAGUAUGCCUCCGGUAUAAUGGUAAAAUAGUACACUCUAAGAAAUAUUGAGCACUUAUUAGUAGAUUAUUGGUGUACAACAUUUAUAAAACGAAAUGGGAGUCUUUUGAAAAAAUGAACAUGAACAUUUUGUACAAUGUAUUUUUUUGUUGAUGCUUUUACUCCUGAGUUUGCUCACAGCGUGAUGAGGAGAGGCAAAUAUACUUGUAAGGGAGUCCAGACGGCAGCAUUACAUUUUGCCUUGUAUUUAUACCCAUUCCAUGCAGUCAUUAAAAGAGAGACAACCUGCAGAA